CUCCCCCUCUCAAACCAUAAAACACGAACAGCAGUCGCCAACCGCCCCCAACACUUCUUGGGGUCUUGCGUCCCUAGCCGUCGCCGCUCUCCUACUCAGUCACGCUGCUCCUGUCUUGCCGCUUCUGCUGCCCCUCUCCCACGGUCACGACGAGGCUUCACUUGGCAGCUCCACUUCUCUACUCAAACCCUAGAAACUGCAAAAAUGGUUCGCAGCAUCAAAAACCCUAAAAAGGCCAAGAGGAAAAACAAGGGUUCAAAGAAAGGAGAUGGUUCAUCUUCUUCAUCAUCAAUACCGUCAAUGCCCACAAAGGUAUGGCAACCAGGGGUGGACAAGCUGGAGGAAGGCGAGGAACUCGAGUGUGACCCGUCUGCCUACAAUUCUCUUCAUGGGUUUCACAUUGGCUGGCCUUGCUUGAGUUUUGAUAUAGUACGUGAUUCACUGGGUUUAAUUCGUACGGAAUUUCCCCACACAGCAUAUUUGGUUGCAGGGACUCAGGCAGAGAAAGCUUCUUUCAACUCUAUUGGAAUAUUUAAAGUAUCGAAUAUUUCUGGUAAAAGGCGUGAAUUGUUGCCUACCCAAAAAAAUUCUGAUGAUGCUGACAUGGAUGCUGAUAGUAGUGAUAGUGAUGAAGACAGUGAAGAUGCGGAGAAUAGUGGAUCUUUAACACCAGCUUUGCAGUUACGCAAGGUAGCUCAUGAAGGAUGUGUCAACCGUAUACGUGCAAUGACACAAAAUCCUCAUAUAUGUGCAUCUUGGUCAGAUACUGGUCAUGUUCAGGUAUGGGACUUUACCACUCAUCUAAAUGCUUUAGCACAAUCAGAAGCAGCAGUUAACCAGGGAGGCUCUUCAGUUUUUAAUCAGGCUCCUUUAGUUAAGUUUGGAGGACACAAAGAUGAAGGUUAUGCAAUAGAUUGGAGUCCUCGUGUCACUGGAAGGCUGGUAUCUGGUGAUUGCAAGAAUUGUAUUUACUUAUGGGAGCCUACAUCUGGGGCCACAUGGAAUUUUAGUAGUGCAUUUAUCGGACAUUCUGCAAGUGUGGAAGAUCUGCAGUGGAGCCCUACAGAAGAUGAGGUAUUUGCUUCUUGUUCUGUUGAUGGAAGUAUUGCAAUAUGGGAUAUCCGCUUGGGGAAGUCACCAGCAAUUUCUUUCAAGGCACAUAAUGCUGACGUAAAUGUUAUUUCAUGGAACAGGUUGGCUAGUGUUAUGCUGGCGUCUGGAAGUGACGACGGGACAUUCUCUAUUCGUGACCUUAGAUUGUUAUCACAAAAACAGGAAGAUGAUAAAUCAGUUGUGGCACAUUUUGAAUACCAUAAAUACCCAGUAACAUCCAUUGAAUGGAGUCCACACGAAGCCUCUGUUCUUGCAGUUUCAUCAUCCGACAAUCAGUUGACGAUUUGGGACCUUUCUUUGGAGAAGGAUGAGGAAGAGGAAGCAGAAUUUAGAGCUAAAACAAAUGAGCAAGUGAAUGCUCCAGCAGAUAUACCCCCUCAACUUCUGUUUGUUCAUCAGGGGCAGAAAGAUUUGAAAGAACUUCAUUGGCAUAGUCAGAUUCCUGGUAUGCUCGUGUCUACUGCAGCGGAUGGUUUCAACAUCUUGAUGCCUUCAAACAUUCAGAGUACUCUUCCCUCUGAAGGUGCCUGAGAGUGAAAUUUGGUCAACGGAAUGGCUCCUGACCUCAUUGUGGACGGUGUUUUAUAUGGUUUUAGUGAAAGAGUGAUGUUAUCAGCUGCUGUUUUGAUACAAAUGAGCGAGACAUUUUGAAUGUUUUUCCUCCUUAUCUUCUUUCCUUCCUUUUUGGCACUUGAUGUAGCAAAGGUUUCUACAGAAAAUGCAGCUGGCCACAGUUUCGCAAUGUAUUCAAGGAAGAUUUACGAUUUAGUCCUUUGAUAUUAUAAUUAUUCACAAGUUAAUCUAUUUUGUUUAUUAAAA